CGAGCAUUGCUAAAAGACAAAUCUAGAACCCCCUUCUCCCUGGCCAUUUCGGCUCUGGUCGGAUCAGUUGCCUGGACGAUAGAGGGAGGAGCCUGGCAUUUCUGGAAGUCGGAGGAACAGCCAGUCAAAGCCAGCCAGCAUCUGAGCCAGCGUAAGAACUAGAGCAACGGUGGACAAGGAGUCGGCUGUGGUACAAUACGAUAUAAUUUCAAUAUUCUUGAGCACAGACGGUGUAAGCAGCAGAGCGGAGGUGGAAAUGAGCAAGAAGGUCUUCCAUUCGGGCUCGGGAAGCUGAAGCAUACUGCAGCCAGGACACAUUCCGUUUUUCAGUGGGAUAAGCCAUCUGUGAUACACUGGGCGUGCACAGCGCAAGAACGGCGCGAGCCAACCGGUGAUUCCAUCGACAGCUAGCUCAUAUUAACCCAGCUAGCUAACCGUUUUCGAGAGACCCGUUAGCCUGCGGUGAAAAGAGCAUCUUGGAUAGUGCAGGAAGUGUCUGUGGAUGCUGCCAAGGGAGUUACGUCUGAGGCAAAAUCCGCCAACGAAAUACAAACCCGGGGCAUGCAAAGAGGGGUGUUUUUCUGCAAACGAGCGAGGAAAUCUCCACGCCCUGGGGUCUGCUCGGUGGUCACUGUUUAGCUAGCUCGCUGGCUAGCCAGCCUACCAGGAGAGUAGCACGGGAGAAGGUGGGGCCGCGGACUGACAGCCUUGGUUGCCAGCUAAUGUGGCUAGCCGGCUAAUUUGGUCUCUUCGGUGACCACUGAUUUUCCUGUCCCUGACAUUGGGAGGUUUGAAUUACCAGGAGUCUGUUGUCUUCCAUAAAAGCGACCUCAUUCGGCAAGAAAAUACGUUGUCAGUGAUUACUUCAAAGCCCUUGUGGGUAGGAUUUCUUGUGGAGAGCAUCCUCGCUUACCUGGAUGACCAUGGCGGACGACGACGUGUUGUUCGAGGAUGUCUACGAGUUGUGCGAGGUGAUUGGGAAGGGUCCCUUCAGUGUGGUGAGGCGCUGCAUCAACAGGGACACGGGCCAGCAGUUUGCUGUAAAGAUCGUCGAUGUGGCCAGCUUCACAUCCAGCCCGGGCCUCAGCACAGAAGAUCUGAAGCGAGAGGCCAGUAUCUGCCACAUGCUGAAACACCCCCACAUCGUGGAGCUGCUGGAGACCUACAGCUCUGAUGGCAUGCUUUACAUGGUGUUUGAAUUUAUGGAUGGAGCAGACCUGUGUUUCGAAAUUGUCAAGAGAGCUGAUGCUGGGUUUGUCUACAGUGAAGCUGUGGCCAGUCACUAUAUGAGGCAGAUUUUGGAGGCACUAAGGUACUGCCAUGAUAACAAUGUGAUUCAUCGUGAUGUAAAGCCUCACUGUGUGCUUUUAGCCUCAAAGGAAAACUCUGCUCCAGUAAAGCUGGGUGGAUUUGGAGUGGCAAUACAGCUGGGAGAGUCUGGUUUAGUUGCUGGAGGUCGAGUCGGCACUCCUCACUUCAUGGCCCCAGAGGUUGUUAAGCGGGAGCCUUACGGGAAACCAGUGGAUGUGUGGGGAUGUGGAGUCAUCCUCUUCAUUCUCCUUUCGGGCUGCCUGCCUUUUUAUGGCACAAAGGAGCGCUUGUUUGAAGCCAUCAUCAAGGGGAAAUACAAGAUGAAUCCACGCCAAUGGGCCCACAUCUCAGAGAGCGCCAAGGACCUGGUGAGACGUAUGCUGAUGCUGGACCCCGCUGAGAGAAUCACAGUGUACGAGGCCCUGAACCACCCCUGGCUGAAGGAGAGGGAUCGGUAUGCCUACAAGAUCCAUCUGCCUGAAACAGUUGAACAGCUGAGGAAGUUCAACGCCAGGAGGAAGCUGAAGGGUGCAGUGCUGGCAGCGGUUUCUAGCCACAAGUUUAAUUCCUACUAUGGCGAUCCUCCUGAGGAGCUCCAUGAUUUCUCAGAUGACCCAACCUCCUCAGGACUGCUAGCUGCUGAAAGGGCAGUGUCACAGGUUUUGGACAGUUUAGAGGAGAUUCAUGCCUUGACAGACUGCAGUGAGAAAGACAUGGAUUUCCUGCACAGCGUCUUCCAGGAUCAGCAUCUCCACACCCUGUUAGAUCUUUAUGAUAAAAUCAACGCCCGGUCAUCCCCUCAGAUUAGAAAUCCUCCAAGUGAUGGAGUGCAGAGAGCCAAAGAGGUGCUGGAAACCAUCUCCUGUUACCCAGAGAACAUGGAGGCCAAGGAGCUCAGGAGGAUCCUCACACAGCCACACUUUAUGGCUCUACUGCAGACCCAUGAUGUAGUGGCCCACGAGGUUUACAGCGACGAGGCACUGAGGGUGACUCCGCCUCCUACUUCACCGUACCUGAACGGUGACUCCCCUGACAGCACCAACGGAGACAUGGACCUGGAAAACGUGACCAGGGUUCGGCUGGUCCAGUUUCAGAAGAACACUGAUGAACCUAUGGGCAUAACUCUAAAAAUGAAUGACCUCAACCACUGCAUUGUGGCCCGAAUCAUGCACGGUGGAAUGAUUCAUCGACAAGGGACUUUGCAUGUAGGAGAUGAGAUCCGAGAGAUCAAUGGCAUCAGUGUUGCUAAUCAGACGGUUGAACAGCUCCAGAAGAUGCUGAGGGAGAUGAGGGGUAGCAUCACUUUCAAGAUUGUACCCAGUUACCGGUCCCAGUCGAUGUCUUGUGAGUUGCAGAAAGAGUCCCCGGAUUUGUCUCAACAGUCGCCUGCAAAUGGACACGCUAGUGUCACCAGCUCCAUCCUGGACCUGCCAUCAACGAUCCAGCCAAAAGGCCGACAGAUCUCCAGACCAGCUAUCAAGGACAAAUUGUCCAUCAAGAUUUAUGUACGUGCACAGUUUGAAUACGAUCCAGCAAAAGACGAUCUCAUUCCUUGCAAGGAGGCAGGCAUCCACUUCCGGGUAGGUGACAUAAUCCAGAUCAUCUCCAAGGAUGACCACAACUGGUGGCAGGGAAAGCUGGAAAAUACCAAGAACGGCACAGCGGGCCUCAUACCCUCACCUGAGCUGCAAGAGUGGCGCGUGGCAUGUAUAGCAAUGGAGAAGACCAAGCAGGAACAGCAGGCCAGUUGUACCUGGUUUGGCAAGAAGAAGAAACAGUACAAAGACAAAUACCUAGCCAAGCACAAUGCUGUGUUUGACCAACUAGAUCUGGUGACAUAUGAGGAAGUGGUCAAACUACCGUCGUUCAAGAGAAAAACGUUGGUUUUACUUGGUGCACAUGGAGUUGGCAGGAGGCACAUCAAGAACACACUCAUUGCCAAACAUCCUGACCGCUUCGCCUAUCCCAUUCCUCAUACAACUCGGCCUCCCAAGAAGGAUGAGGAGAAUGGAAAGAACUACUACUUUGUCUCUCAUGACCAGAUGAUGCAGGACAUCAGCAACAAUGAUUACCUGGAGUAUGGCAGCCAUGAAGAUGCCAUGUAUGGAACCAGGUUGGAGACCAUCAGACAGAUUCAUGCCCAGGGAAUGAUCUCCAUCCUGGACGUUGAGCCACAGGCACUAAAGAUCCUCAGGACUGCAGAGUUUGCUCCCUAUGUUGUCUUCAUUGCAGCUCCCACCAUCACCCCUGGCAUAACUGAGGAUGACUCUCUCCAGCGACUCCAGAAGGAAUCAGAGAUGCUACAGCACACCUACGCUCACUAUUUUGAUCAGACCAUCAUCAACAAUGAGAUCGAUGACACCAUCCGCCUGCUGGAGGAGGCCGUGGACCUGGUGUCUAACACACCUCAGUGGGUUCCCGUCUCCUGGGUCUACUGACAUACAGUCAACGGCAAUUAGCUGAUCACCCCUGAACAUCCCAUCACCAAUCCAACAUGGAAUCUAAACUUUGUGAAACCAUCAAAUCUCUCAUUAAGAUGAUGUUUCAGUAGAUAAACUAUUGUUGACAAAGAGGGAAACGAAGAAAUGACUGACGCCUCACUAGACUUCAUCCUGCCCCCAUCCAUGUUCUCUCAACAGCCUCGAAGGCUUAUUGUUGUGUACAUAUAUACAUACACAUGUAUAUAUAAAUGAUAAAAAAAACAACAAAACACUAAGUGAAUAUAGGUCUGUCCUCAUGUAGUUGAAGGGUGGGGAGUGGCGGGGCAGUGUAGUAGAUUUUGUAAUUUUCUUUUGUAAUUGAUGGAUGGAUGAAAAUAUUGGAAAGGCAAUAGCAAACAUGACCAUAAAACAGUCUUACGGGGUUGCCUGUGUGCGUGUUGAACUUUUUAAAGGCACUUCUUGUGGUACUCUGUGUCCUCCUCUCCAGCGCCCUCGGGUCCUGUCGGCCCCUGUGAAAAACAGGCCGAAUUUUAAAGCACAUCAGAAGCUGCUACAGUGACGAGUUAAUUCCCCCAGCCCUUUAUUUCUCCAGUCCUCUGUGCCUUUCAGUUUGUUGAAGGAGCACAUUGAAUCCCUGUGUUUGUCCACUAUUCUAAGCCCCCAUCCCUCCCUCCUCAGUCCUAACCUCCCAGCUAACCACUAACGGUCUCUGUUUACAUUUCAGUUUGCACAAAAUGGACAAUGAAGAAAAUGUACGCCAUUUUUGUCAUUUCUCAUUAUGUCUUGCUUACUUUCUCUGGUUGUCUUUACCCUCCAAUACAUACGUAAUGCUAAUCAGCAGGUACAUGAACAUUGUUCCUGGGACACAAUCAGCUAUGAAAAACAGCACUGAUAUCAACUACUAAACAUGGCUCCUGGACUUGAAGUUCACAAAGAAAAAAGGAGAAAAACUGCCUUAUCAGAGCCUCUGGGGAAGAAGUCCAUAACACCUAUGCACACCCCUGGUUUCUGCCAGGCAGACCGCCACGACGAUGUUUUCUUCUUUGCCAACAGUGAGCCAUGUUAGUGUGGAAGGGUAGGGCUUCAUGUAGGAGGGAUAACUCCAACUGUAGAGCCACCGUUCCCGAACUGUUAACUGUUGUCUUUAAAAAAAUAUCUAAGAAAAAAAAAAAAAGAGUAUUCUUGUUUUGGGGGAAAGAAAAUAACAAAUUUGUGUGUAAAUGUUUCAAUGGUGCGUACGUCAUGAGUGAAUUUACAAAGAGCCAGUGUAUAUUAACCCUUAAAAGAAGCUCAGUAUGUGGCAUAACCUUUCAUCCUUUACCAGAAGUGGAACAACACUCCCAGCUACAGUUGGGUUGAAGGCUUGAAGGGAAAUAAAGUUUUAAACUGAUGUGGUGGCUGUUUUGCCACUUUGAGUAAAAGUCUUUUAAUUUCAAGUCCUGUGUAAAUUACCUCUGCAAUGACAAAAGCAGCUCUUCUGUAUGAAAUGUUGUUCUUUUUUUUGUUAUUUCAUUUGUAAAGAAAAUAUAUUUCCUUUUACGUGUUUAAAGUAA